CGACGAGACCGCCGAAUUCCGAUCUCGUCCGCAGUCCGCACCGCGUCACACGUAUCCCGCCGGCCGGUCGACUACGACCGCGCAACCGCACAGUCCGACAACGCGUCCGCCGCCGUGCACUCCGCAAAUGUGUUCGCCGAUCGGUAUCAGACGAUAUUUAUUGUAAUCAAUCGUAAUAUCGUUACAGCGAUUGUCAGUGAUUUUCCGUUCUCUCUCUCUAGUGUCACUCCGCCGGCUUAUUCCGUUCACGUCUUUCCGGUUUCCAGUCCAGAGACCGUUUCAUACACGUCCGGCCUUUGACAGAUCGGCGCACUCGGGGGAUCUCGCUGGUAUGACAAUUAUCGACUACGACGGAUCGUCGGGACACCGGACACGACAAGACACCAGUCAGGCAUGCGAUUGACGACGUACGCCAGCGGCGACGGUCGAACAGCGGCGACAUGUUGAUGCGCCAUGUCAAGGCAUGGACGCUCUAAACAAUACGGUCCGGAACCGCCGCCGGCGGCCGUCUACACCAAGCCGCCGCCGCCGGUGCACGGCAACAACACGUACAACGGCCGCGCGCACCACCAUUACCAGCAGCAGCAGCAGUCACAACAGCAACACCAGCAAUUGCUGCUGCAACAGCAAUUCUACGGCGCGCAGCAGCAGCAACAACAGUCGAACGCGGUGGUCGGAUCUAGGCCGCCGUCGAGCAGUCACCACCACCACUCGUUGCCCAGAAAUGCCUGGAGCGCGGACAGACAUUCACCGGUGGCCGGCGGAUCUUCUUCGAACAGCUCGAAUGACCGGGCGUACGCGGCCAACCGCCGGGCAAAGCACCACCGAGUGUACAAUAGCCACCGGCAGACGUCUCGCGGCCACCACAAGAGCGGUGGCGGCGGCGGCGGCGGUGGUGCCACUACGGACCCGGACGCACUGUCGUCGGUGACAACGGCCGGCGUCAAGUACAACCCGCUACAGCAACCGCCGCCUCAACAGUUGAACCACCAAUCGCUGCACCAACUACACCAGCAGCAGCAGCAGCACCACCACCACAGGCCGCAGAUGGCGCCGGUCUGGCCACCGGUUGAACCGCCGUCGUCGGCCGUUCACCAUCACCAGCAACAGCCGGCCACCGCCGCCCAAUACUUGCCGCAGCCGCCACCACAGUUACCGCCGCAGAACGCCGCCGCUGCGGCCGCGGUCUUGAGGCAACAUCACCAGCCACCGGCGGCGGUGCCACUGUUGUUGCCCUCGUGCGACGUAGCCGUCGACGCGUGCGGCGGCCACUGUCCGAGGUUCGAAAACUUCUGCCAUUUCUGCUUGCUGGUGUUUUAUUUCGCGGGCAUCACGGUGGGCUUCCUGUUGAUCAUGGCGGCCGUCGUGUCUACCCGGGACCCGCGGUUCCUGUACAUCGGCGGCCUGGUGCUUCCGGUCAGCGCGUUCCUGAUGGCCGUUCAGUGCCGAGUGCGGCAAGACGCCGACCGCCGGAAGCGGCACAGGCAGCUGAACGGCCGACACCACCACAGGUCGAACGCGGGCGCCCUGAUGAUGAUCAACAACAACAGCAGCAGCAGCAACCAACACAACGGCGGCGUUGCCGGCCAACCGUCGGCCACCGGGUCCGGCAAGGCCGCAACCGCCGCCGAGGCCAUACCGCUGCAGAAUAUCAUGGUGGCCGGCGGUGCCGAUAACGGCGGCACGCUUCGCCGGCAGUUCCAGGGCAACGUCUACCAGUACGUCGGCCAGAGGGACGGUAGCGAGACAAACUACAACGCGGCCAACGGCCAUCACUACGAGACGACGUCCGACCUACAGCAAAUCGAAGGAGUGCCGUGGUGGAGACGAGAAGACAACCGACCGUAUCACAACCGCGCCGCUCACCAGUAACCAACCGUCACCACACACACACACACCCCGUCCUCGGCUGGUCGUAAUUAUUAUUUUUGUUUUCCAAUAGCCCCCGUUGAGUGUGUGUAUGUGUGUUUUUCAUUAUUAUUAUAAGUACGAUUUAUGCCUAAAUUCAUUAUUAAUAUUAUUUUUUUGUCACUAAGUUUUUGUUGUCGCCCCGAUGCUUUGGUGCGACGUUUGUACACAUAUACAUAUAUAUAUAUACAUACAUUAUAUUAUUAAACAACA